AUGGUGCAGUUGUCUCUGGGCAAAGACCUCCAGCAGAUCAGCUCGCCGAUCCUCCCUCAGCACCUGGCUGCUGUCGCCGCCGCUGUCGCCAUGAGCAACGGCUUCCCUCACCACCGGAGCAUGCCAGCGGGAAGCCCCUCCCCCAGCCCCGCCCUCUUCUCCUCCCCAUUGCUACGACCUGCCCCUGGCCCGGUCAGGACAUCCCACCCACAGAUCCUCUUCGCACCCUACUGA